UGGAUUUGGGUUUUUCUUUCAGCGUAUAUCUUUUUUUUUAAUUGGAGGGAUGCACAGGAGGGGAAAUUGAAAAAAAAAUUGUUGGCUUUUGUUUACCUGGCGUGUGUGGCAACGGGCUUUCUCACUGCCUGCCAUCUCUGACCUUUCUUUCUUUCCUUUCUCUUCUUUCCAAAGGAAAAAAAAUAAUCCCCCCCCAUGUGCAUGAAGGGUUAAGGGGGAAAUGGGGGGGGAAAUCUGAGAAUCCAACCAAGCCCUGCCCCCCUUCUGUAGAAAACCAAUAACACCCCCUUCCUUUUUAAAAAAUUUUUACCUUCAUCCUAUCCUUUCUCCUCCUCCUCCCACUCCCUCCUUUCCACACCCCCCCCCCCCCACCCCCAACUCACAACUCUGUUGAGUCCAGAAUUUCAGAAUCUGGUGUUGGGCUUUGCCGGGAUGCUUCGGAGGAAUGGAUGAAUUCCACCCGUUCAUCGAGGCCUUGCUGCCUCAUGUCCGUGCCUUCUCCUACACCUGGUUCAAUCUGCAGGCGCGGAAGCGCAAGUACUUCAAGAAACAUGAGAAGCGCAUGUCGAAGGACGAGGAGCGGGCAGUGAAGGAUGAGCUGCUGGGGGAGAAGCCCGAGAUCAAGCAGAAGUGGGCGUCCCGGCUCCUGGCCAAGCUGCGCAAGGACAUCCGGCCCGAGUUCCGUGAGGACUUUGUGCUGACCAUCACCGGCAAGAAGGCCCCCUGCUGUGUCCUCUCCAACCCUGACCAGAAGGGCAAGAUCCGCCGGAUUGACUGCCUGCGCCAGGCCGACAAGGUGUGGCGGCUCGACCUGGUCAUGGUGAUUUUGUUUAAGGGGAUCCCCCUGGAAAGUACUGAUGGGGAGCGGCUCUACAAGUCCCCCCAGUGCUCCAACCCCGGCCUGUGUGUCCAGCCUCACCACAUUGGAGUCACAAUCAAAGAACUGGAUCUUUACCUGGCUUACUUUGUCCACACUCCUGAAUCCGGACAAUCAGACAGUUCAAACCAGCAAGGAGAUGCGGACAUCAAACCACUGCCCAAUGGGCACUUAAGUUUCCAAGACUGCUUUGUGACCUCUGGGGUCUGGAAUGUGACCGAGCUGGUCAGAGUAUCACAGACUCCUGUUGCUACGGCGUCAGGGCCUAACUUCUCCCUGGCGGAUUUGGAGAGCCCCAGUUACUACAACAUAAACCAGGUGACCCUUGGGCGGCGGUCCAUCACCUCCCCUCCUUCCACCAGCACCACCAAGCGCCCGAAGUCCAUAGAUGACAGUGAGAUGGAGAGCCCCGUGGAUGAUGUGUUCUACCCUGGGACAGGACGGUCCCCAGCAGCUGGCAGCAGCCAGUCCAGUGGCUGGCCUAAUGAUGUGGAUGCAGGCCCGGCUUCUCUAAAGAAGUCAGGAAAGCUGGACUUCUGCAGUGCCCUCUCCUCUCAGACCAGCUCCCCGCGCAUGGCUUUCACCCACCACCCGCUGCCCGUGCUAGCUGGAGUGAGACCAGGGAGCCCUCGGGCGACAGCCUCUGCUCUGCAUUUUCCCUCGACCUCCAUCAUCCAGCAGUCGAGCCCGUAUUUCACCCACCCGACCAUCCGCUACCACCACCACCAUGGCCAGGACUCACUGAAAGAGUUUGUGCAGUUCGUGUGCUCCGAUGGUACAGGCCAGGCCACAGGGCAGCCUAACGGUAGUGGCCAGGGCAAAGUCCCGGGGUCAUUUUUGCUACCACCACCGCCUCCAGUGGCCAGACCUGUGCCCCUUCCUAUGCCUGAUACCAAAUCCACCAGCACUACCCCAGACGGCGCCGCCUUGACUCCUACAUCACCCUCAUUCUCAACGACAGGCGCCUCCUCUGCCAACCGGUUUGUCAGCAUCGGACCCCGGGACGGCAACUUUCUAAACAUCCCACAGCAGUCUCAGUCCUGGUUCCUCUGACGAGAUCUACAAGAAAAAGAAAGAAGAGGAAAAAGGGGGAAGAAGAGAUUUGAAACAUGGAAAAAUCCCCCAGCCCAGCUCAGCUCAGCCUAGCCCGACUAGCCCCACCCCACCAAAAAGCGAAAAUUUAAAAGUCAUCAUCCACUCUACCCUCUCCUGCCAGGGGGACCCUUCUGGCACCCACAGAGCCCAGCCCAGCUGUCAGGACCCAGAAGAAGGGGCCUGGGGUGGAGCCACACACCAGCAGCCAGGAGGAAAGGAAAACGGGGGAAAAACAGAAAUUUAAAAAAUACAAACAAAAAAGGGUGACAAGGAGCGGUCCCCUGUCCACUCCCUCCACCUUUACGUCCCUUCCCCCUCACACACACAAAUAUACACAAACAUGUGCGAGCGCGUACACACACACACACACACACACACACACACACACACACACACACUAUACUACAUGACACUACUGGGGCCUCCUGGCUACAGCCCAGGCAAAAGCCAAGGAGAAUGGACUGAGAGUUGAAAAGUUUUCCAAUGCAUGACCAACCUGGCUAGGAGGGUCCCAAGUUCUGCCCUCCCUGCCCAAGGUUGUCUAUUUGGUAGAUGACAAAGCACACCUCCCCAGCGCACCUCACACCUGCUGCUCCUUUGGGGCUGGAAGAACUCUCCAAGGGUCUUGAGCCCUUCUUGCCCCUUCCCCUCUCCUAGCCUGGUCCCAUUCCUCCAGCACGGGCAGUUGUUCCAAAUCUGACCUUGGUUGGGAUAUAUGUGUGUGUAAGGGUGCUUUCUAAGGCUUCUUUCCAUUGUUCUAGCACCCAGGACCUGAAGACCUGGGAAGGGAGAGCCCUAGACAGCUAGGCCUGGCCAGGGAUCCAGCAAGGCCUUUGAUGCCUUAUUGGAACCACUGAAGUUGUUUUAUGCUUGUAUUCUUAGUAUGCACCAGGGUAGAGGGGGCUAAGUUCUGACGUGAACUUGGCCUGGAGGGGGUGCCAGUCAGCUGGAGCCCAUUGGAAGAGAGGCAGAACUUGCCCCUGGAAUAGACCUAGCCCUAUAUUGUAUCCUCUUCCCCAGAAUCACUCUUAGCCCACACCAUCCUUGAAGAUAGCUUUCAUGUCAUCUUAUCAUUAUGUACAGUCUAUAGGAACAAGUUGAAAUGCUCUCAACAGGACCAGCCAGCUGUCCCCCUCAUAACUUGCCCCCUUGUCUUAGGAUGUUCCCCUGUUCUACAUUGGCCUUUCUCUUCCCCCAGUCCCCUGGAGACAGGGCCCAAAAGAGGUGGGAAGGAGUGAGGCCAAGACUGGGGCUUGAACUCUGGGGAGACAGAGUUUCUAAGUGUCUGAGCACAGGGAGAACCAGCCCAUCCCCACAAGUAUCUCCCUGCUCUUUUCACCCUCUAAACUUUUCCUCCAACCCAGCUCUUCCAAGACACCAGCAGUCCUUCCACCUACUCUCUCCCACCAAAAAUAACCCCCAGGAAAAAUCACCAGAGAGGCUUAAGAGCCCUGGCCCGUGGCCUUCUCCUGGGCUGGCCAAAAAGGCCUAACACCAAGGGCAUCAGCUGGAUUGGUGAAGUCUGAAGUUGGAUUGGAGGAGAGGAGGAGCCAGCCCUACAGCCCCCCAGGUCCACAGCUGGCUGGCUGCCCGCCUUUUGAGAGCUUUUCGGCUGGGACGCUAAGUCACAUCUACCCUAGGUAGGCUUUGUGCUCUCGGACUUGCUCUCAAUUUAUGUUCCUUUAGAGGUAACAGUUGGGUGGUGGUGUACUUCAUUUAGUAUUACAGAGCUUUCUCUCUCUCUUCUACUUUUUCUCUUCCACCCCCUCUUUCCUUCCCUGCUUUCCUCUAACCAGUUUAUAGCUGUAUUUUUUUUCCUGUUGUAGUUGGGAAAUUGGUAUCAAAUUGGGAACAAAGAAAUCAUCAUGUCCUAGAAAGCUGCCCCUCUCUGGCCCUGCCCCCCUCCCCAGGGAUGGGCUCAGACCAAGGAGAGAGGCCCAAAAGCCAACCAGUUGAUUUUGUCUCCUCUCUUGACUGGGCAUGAUCUUGGGUUGGGCAAAGGCAAAGGGCCAGAGGCCAGGGGACUCAAAGCCCAUACAACAUCCAUAGGUAGACAGGCUCCAGGUUCUCCAGGACUUGCUUCUCACUCUGUGUGACUUCUCUCUCUGUGCCUUACUCCCUCCUAGCUUCUCUUUGGUCUCUCCUCUUUCCUCCUCUCCUCUCUUCUCUCCUCUCUUCUCCUCUUGUCUCUCCUCUCUUCUCCUCUCCUCUGCUCUCCUUUCCUUUCCUCUGUCUCUCACACACAUUCUAUGGAAACACAAAGCACAGGUUGGGAGCCUCUGUCCAACAUUGCACCAGGUUGGGGGGAGCCAUGGGCUCUAUUGGUGGUUUUGCAUUGGUUAUUGGCUGUGGACAACACGAUCAGGACAGGUUAGGACAGCCAUAAGAGGAGUAGAGGAGGAGGGGGUAAGGAAAACUAGUUAGGAGCCUCAGAUUCAGAUCUACCCAUAAGGAAAGCUGAGGGUGGCCUCACCUCCUAAGCUCAGCCACAAGAGGUUUUUAAUUUUUCAAGUGGAGUGUGUGUCUGUCCCUCUCUGCAGCCUUGGAAAAGGACCAGGAAAGACAGGGGAGGAAGAGAGCAGGGAUGGAAUUGGGGGUUGUGACUGCCUUCUCUCCCAACUCAGGGUGGUGUUAGGAGCUGGCUUCGGGUGGCUGGGGCCGGGCUGGGGCCAGGGCUGAUGCCUGGUCAAAGUGCAAUGAUUUUCCAGUUCGGUUGGAAAACAGGGUCAGACCUGCAGCAGGGAGAGGAGAGGGAAGAGCCUAAAGCUGGCCUGUCCAGCCUCCUCCCUGUCUCCACUCCCACCCAUACCUUUUCCUGGGGACUCCCCCCCACCCCAGACAAUCGUUGCCACGCACAAACCUCCGUGCCUGGGCCUUGUAUGUGUCCCUAACCUCACGGAGCCAGGCCCUGGCUUGGGAUCUUGGGGAGCCUCAGCUGCUCCCUCCUCGCACUAGGUAGAAAGCUGCAGGCCAGCUGCGUGUGCCUCACCUCCUUGCCCAACCUAGGUGGGGGGGGCAGUAUGAGGUGAAGGGAGGGUACAGGGAACCCCCAAAUUAGGACAGUCUCGUCUUAGAGUCGUCUCGGUUGGGGGCGGGGGAGGGGGGGGAUGGUAGAGCAAGAUAGAAGCGGGCCGCGGCAAUGGGGGGUGGGGUGGGGUGGGUGGGGAUUUGCAUGGAAUCCGUUUGUUUCCCUGAUUACCAUCAUUUCGGUUUGAGGGCAGGAGGCGGCGGUGGAGACAGGAAGCGGGGACUGUUAGAAAAAAAAAAAAAGAAAAACACAAAAACCUUUUUUAAAAAAAACACAAAAAUAUAUAUACGGGGGAAUGAACUUUUUUUUUUCAUUGAACCAAGUGCAAUGCAUUGGAGAGUUUUCCUAUCUUUGUAUGUUAGAGAUUGUUAAGAAGAAGAAAAAAAGUCUAUUUUUGUUGCAAUGUCCUCGCGGCUCUGGGGACACUAAAGAAAAGGGCCGCCCGCCACGCGCGGGCACAGACGCCCAAGUGGGUUUUCCGUUUGUUUGUUUUUUUUUCGUUUUUUUUUUUCGUUCGUUCGUUCGUUUUCGGUUGUUUCUUUUUUCUUUCUUGAAGCCGUUUGCCUGCGUGGACGAGGCUGAUCCGGGGCUUGCCCUGCUUCGCCGUCUGUUCUCGGGGUCGGUGGGAGGGCUGAAGGAAGGAUUUCCACAUUUAAACCACAUUUAAACAUCACAGAAUCAGAGAGGAAAAGGACGAGAGGAAAAUUUUUAAAAAGAAAAAAGUUAAAAAUAAAAAAAAUAAAAAAAUCCUGGUGCUUUGUACAUUAUAAAGUACAUUAAAAAAACCCACCCAACUCUAUUAUACGUCAGUUUAUGAACCAGUUAAGUAUCAUACCGCACGUUAGGAACCACGCAUAGCCCUUUGUUAUGUUAACGCACGGGACAGCGGUUUGCGCUCGGCGGCUGGGCGCGGCUGCCCCGGGCUGGCGCGGAUCUCCUGGGGGCCCCUGGCCAGGGGCCACCCCCUUCCCCCUAUCCGGACACAGAGGCCCCUCCCCCUGUCCCCGCCCCCUGCAGAGGUCAGUGUCCAGUCACCGACGCCACCCCCUCGAGCGCCUUUCUUUGAGCCAGACGCCAACUUGCCCCACACCAGCAUUGUCCAGGGAGCGCUCUGCAAGUUGGUUAGUUUCCUCUCCCCUUCCCUUCCCCGGCGCCCUCCUCUGACCCCCGUCCCACUCAGCACCCCUGGCAGACCGGCCGCACAGAGCGCCCGCCGGAGGCUGUGGAAAGGGUUUGACGCUUCAGGGAAGGACCAAACCUGCUAACUCAAAUAACACCGGCCCUCUCCCCCCCUCCCCCAUACUUCCCACACCCACAUAUACAUGCAACACACACACACACACACACACACACACACACACUCCACAACCCAAUCGACUUGCCUUACACCCCUCCUUACCCCGCGCUGGCCGGCCAACCUAGUGCCUUCUCCUCACUCCCACCCCCCCUCCCCCGUGCUGGUGGAGCGGACGCCGAACUCUGGCUCCCAAAGGGGCUGAGUGGACCAGAUGAUCAGAUGAAUCCCCCCUCCCAUUCCCAAUCCAGACCCUCCGCCCGACUCGAACCACACUGAACAAAAUUACACACACAAAAAGGAGCAAUAAAGUCAAGAGGACUUUGUCCCCCUCCCCUCCCAAUGGAGAAUCCAAGGGCCUCCAGCCCACCCCCCACCCCGGGGACGCUCCCGGGGACACCACUCCUCACGCCAGCCUGGGCCAGCCGCACUAUAUAGCCCUUUACCCUUCUUUCCUUUCACGCCCCUUCCCCGGAGAUCCAUGCGCCCGGACAGCACCAGCAUCGCGGACAGCAAAGCCGCCCGUCCCGUCAAACAAGUUUCUUCUUAGGCUAAGAAACGCAGUAUAUAUGAGUAUCUCUAUAUAGUACUAAUGGAUUUGGUGUGCUUCCCCUUAGCAUCCCCCUGUCCCUUUGCUCCUCCUUCAGCCUGGUCCCCCUCCCUUCCCUUCCCCGUCUCCGCACUGAGAUACAUAAGAAACAAGGGUAGUUUACUGUCUGUUUUGUUUUCUGGGUUUUUCAGUGUCCUAGCGGAAUGCAGGUAGGCAGCCAGCCCGUAUGUUCCCCAUCCCCUCCCCUGCCCCUUCUCCCGCCCUGGCCCCUGUCACUGCGCUUCUGUUACACCAUCUUUGCCUGACUCUCUCCAGCUUCUCCAUUGAAUGGCUAAUGUGUAUGUGAAA